AAUCAAAUGCUGAUUGCUACUUACUGUUUAUCAAGAGGCUGCAAAAUUUAAGAAUAGCUUAAAUAUCCUUUGUUACAGUGCGAGUUAAGACAUAUUGGAUAUUAAGAUUGUGAGAAUGUGCAUGAAAGGAGGCUGUAGGUGGAGAUGCUGACAAUGUCCAGUCUGUCUGGUAAAUGGGACACCCCUCCUUUUUCCACCUUUUCACCCUUUUGCUCCUCCACCCUCUCACACUACCUCUUCUACUCUGAGCCCCUGGUCUGGAAUUAGCGGUGAGACGCCUGGUGAACAGCUCAGACAACAUGGCCUUUUACAGAAGCUUCAGCACAGAGUCCAGAUUUCUCUUCCUCACAGUUUUUGCCCUCUGUGUGGCUUUUGUACGUACAGAAACUGUGGCUGAGGCUUCUCCCACGCUACAUAGCGAUAACCAGGGCACACAUUCAGGAGAUGAUGGAACAGAUGUGGGCCCGGUCACGACUAAGGACCCAACUCCAGACCUGACACAAACCACCUUCGCUGUUGAUUACAUUGACAACACAGAGACCACGACAAUGGAGGAGGAAGGUGUCCUUGGCCCAGGUGCCAUCACAGCCAUUGUCAUUGCUGUGUUCCUUGGAGCAUCUGUUCUCCUUGCCCUCGUCGUCAUCACACUCAGAAAAUUCACUGCCUCUUAGAGCAGGAUGACCACCUGUUUAUCACUUCUGUCUGUCUGUCUGUCUGUCUCCGUCUCUGUCUCUCUUUCUCUCAUACACUCACUCACACAUGUGCAUGCACACACACUCUUUGUCUCUUUUGACUUUGGGGUUGGCAUAUGAGGGGUGAAAUGGCCCAUUCAUUUGUGGAAAACUGUUACCAGUAAGCCGUGGCUGAGGCUGUUUUCACAUGAUGAUGGUCACUUCUUUAAUCAUAAGUCUAAAUGGUCUUCCAGGUUUUCUAGUGCAAAUUAGUAACUUUAACUGAUCCUUGUUUAUUGUUUUCAAUGCUUUUGGGUUUUUUUUGUUUUUGGAAAUGUGCUUUAUUUGGACUGAUAGAUAAGACCUUCAAAAAUUUAAAAAGUUGUAUUCUAUAUUUUGUGAUUUCCACUGACCUUUCUACACAAAUUUCAUUGGGAUAUUAAAUACGAUCACACUAGAGGAAAGUGAGCAGAUGUCGACAUUUGUAAAGAAAGAGUGCACAUCCAAGAACAAAAUCUCAAAAAGAAUUGAAUUGAUAUAAAUUGAAAAAUUUGAAGUGUGUGUGUAUGUGUGUGUGUGUGUUUGCUUUGUGUUUUCAAAUAAAGUAGGAGAAAAUGUACUGUGCAGAACAGAACAAAUACCUUUUUUUUAGUAUAGCAAAAGUGCAUUUGAUUAUGGAUAAAUUUGUGUUAAGCUUAGACUUAAAGAUUAUAUGUAAUGCUAUGAUUAUAAUCAGCUUAUUGUGAUGCUAGAACUGAAAUAUGUUUAGAUGUUUAUACUCAAAUCUUUAGAUGAACACUAGAUUCAUUAGCACAAAAACACAUCAUCUGGACUGAAAGUCAGACAGAAACUUGAUCAGUCAUCAUGAAUUAUUCACUGAAUUUAAUAAUAUUUGGUUUUACUCAUACUCUUAUGAGCUC